CUCACACACACUCACACCUCCUCCAGCCCCACCGCCCCCACCAUGGCCACCUCCACCCUGUCCGGCUGCUCCAGCAACCUGAGCUACGGCAGCCACGUCUGCCUGCCCAGUUCCUGUGACCCCUGCACCAGCUCCUCCUGGCAGUGGGACGACUGUCCAGAGAGCUGCUGCGAGCCCCCCUGCUGCGCCCCCAGCGGCUGCACCCCCGCGCCCCGCCUGGCCCUCGUCUGCACCCCAGCGAGCUGUGAGCCCAGCCCCUGCCUGUCAGGCUGCACCAGCUCCUGCACCUCCUCCCCCUGCCAGCCGGCCUGCUGUGUGCCCGUCUGCUGCAGGCCUGUCUGCUGCAGGCCCGUCUGCUGCACUCCUGUCUGUUGCACACCUGUGUGCUGCACACCCGUGUGCUGUGAGGCCUCCCCCUGCUCAGACUCCUGCUGUCAGCAGUCGAGCUGCCAGUCGUCCUGCUGCACCUCCUCCCCCUGCCAGCAGGCCUGCUGUGUGCCUGUCUGCUGCAGGACCAUCUGCUGCACACCUGUGUGCUGCACACCCGUGUGCUGCGAGGCCUCCCCCUGCUCGGCCUCCUCAUGCUGCCAGCCCAGCCCCUGCCCCUGCCCCUCAUCCUGCUACAGACCCUUGUCCUCCGUGUCCCUCCUCUGCCGGCCCGUGUGCCGCCCCGCCUGCUGCGUGCCCGUCUCCUCCUGCGGGGCCCCCGCCUCCUGCUGCCAGCCCAGCUGCUGCCGCCCGGCCUCCUGCGUGUCCCUGCUCUGCCGCCCCGCGUGCUCCCGCCCCGCGUGCUGCGUGCCCGCCUCGGCCUGCGAGUCCUGCUGCUGACCGGGCCCGUCCCCCCGGGGCCAGCCGGGCUCAGGUCCCCCCCGUGACCUGGUCCUCCCAGCCUCCCCUCAGUCCCGACCAGGGUUAGGUGGCUGUCCCCACUCAGGACAGGGUCCCCUCACGUCCCCACUAUCCUGACCUGACCUCUGAGCCCUGCUCCCAGGGCUCCUGCCUCCCAGGAGGCGCCUCCACCUGCCCCUGGGUCACCUCCCCUCCCUCUCCGUUCCUCUGCCCGGGUCCCUCGGCCUGGACUUCCAACCUGCCAGCACCUUCUUGGGCACCUGGAGAAAUAAACUCACUUUUCAUCUGA